CAGAAUGUCCAACCCUUUGUAUGUCUCUGGACCUGAUGCCAUGUGUGCUUUUAGUCAUUUCUCGUGUCCUUUGAAGAUGGCUUGGAAUUGUUUUAAUUUUUCUGUGUAAUAAAAACCUAGAUUUUUUGCCUAAACUUUUUUUUGUACAAUUAGUAGGAUUUUCAUUCUUUUUUUACUGGACACCUAAGCUUUACAGGACUAUGGAUCCUCCACCGACUUCAGAGAAAUCGCAUCUCAUCAACGAAGGAAAUGCCAAAAUAUACUCCUUAAAACUUAACAGUGAAAUCUCAGGUUCCAAAGAAAGUUGUCCAGAUCUGCCAAUGGGAAAUGGUGAUGUGGCUGGUGCUAUCGAGCUGAAGAGGCCAGUUGGAAGUCAUUGCCAUGGGAAUAAAGCAGUACAUGAGGAGAGCCGUGAGAAACUCCUCGCAAAGAAAAAACUGUACAUUGCCUCCAUAGUCUGUCUGGUGUUCAUGAUCGGAGAGGUUAUAGGUGGUUAUCUAGCACACAGUCUGGCCAUUAUGACUGAUGCAGCUCACCUUCUGACAGAUUUAGGCAGUAUGAUGGUCAGUCUUUUCUCCCUGUGGAUCUCCUCAAGACCACCAACCAAAAAAAUGAACUUUGGAUGGCACAGAUCAGAGAUUCUGGGAGCACUGGUCUCUGUAAUGUCAAUCUGGAUUGUGACUGGAGUGUUGGUUUAUCUCGCCAUUGAGAGGAUUGUAAAAAAUGACUAUGAGAUUGAAGGCAACGUAAUGCUCGUCACAUCCGGCUGCGCAGUUGUGGUCAACAUCAUAAUGGCAUAUAUUCUACAUCAUUCUACAACCUUCCACAGUCACGGUUCAGGCUACCACAAGAUUGACGAGAAUGGGAUGAGUCCCGUGGGUCAUGGCCACUCCCACAGCCUCUUGGGUAGCCAUGGCAACACUAGUGUCAGAGCAGCAUUUAUUCACGUUUUGGGGGAUUUGUUACAAAGCUUUGGAGUGAUGGUUGCAGCCAUGAUAAUCUUCUUCAGGCCAGAAUACAAAGUAGCAGAUCCCAUAUGCACUUUUCUCUUCUCUGUGUUCGUCCUGGCCACUACCCUUACCAUUCUGAGAGACGUCUUCCACAUUCUCAUGGAAGGGGCGCCCAAAGGUGUAGAGUUUAAUUCAGUGAAGGAGGUGCUGCUUUCUCUGAAGGCUGUGAAGGCCAUGCAUAGCUUACACCUGUGGGCUCUCACCUUGGGCCACAGUCUGAUUUCUGUUCACAUAGCCAUUGAGGAGAACGCUGACCCUCAGAGUGUCUUAAAGGAAGCUACGGAACUUCUUCAGACCAAAUUUGGCUUUCACAGCACGACCAUUCAAGUGGAGCCUUAUUGUGAGGACAUGAUCUACUGCGCCCAGUGCCAGGACCCUAUGGACUAAGUUCAGCACCGGUGAGAGGAGGCUGUCUGUACAAAACGUAUACACACAUAUUAAGCUUCAUCGAGGGUCCAAACCAGAAAUGGAAACACUGUGCAAAUGUACCAUGUACAAUACAUAUCAUUUUGAAUAAGUACGUGUCAAAUACAUUUUCAUCUAACAAAAGGCGAUUUCACACUGUGCCAUCUUUGGUGCACGGGCUUAUGGAAGGAAGAGCUUUAAAAUGAAGUGGUGAUGUUUAAGCUUCACGUAUGCAAAGAUGAAAGCACAUAAAUUUGAUGGCCGAGGCACCGCUGUGAGCUUUUUAUUGUGACUUUUGCCUGGCUGGCAGCAUACAUUACAGCCGGAGUAUACCGUAAUUGCCUGUCCUCGGGCUUGCUAGGGUAAAAGAUGGCUAUUGACGUGACUCCCUUAAAAACAGUUAUAGGGUUUGAGCCCCAGCCAGCAUUGCCUCUGCUGUCCUGCUUCUCGAAUCAAUGUGAAUGUCUGCCAUGUUGUGAUGCUUAAGUCCGCUCGAGUGUAAUUAUGGAUUUUGUUGGGUGUCUCUCACUAAUGUCUUGUUAGGCGAUAUAAUACUAUUUACAAAAGCAAGCGGGUGAUUGGCUUAAGAGGACCCUGUUCUCCUUCACUGGCUCUGAGAGUAUAAGCAAUUCGUAGGUUCAUUUCUAUAUUAAGUACAAAUAAACAUUGGUCUGAUGUGUCGCUUGUUUCUUCAACAGUGGGGUGUGUUAAAUAAGCUCUUAGCAAGAUUUGUCUGUAUUUGGAAUAGGAUACUACUACUUAUUGGGGCUUACAGGACUGCACAAUAUGAUAAACUUAUUGAAAUAUCACAAAUGUCGCAGUGGUUAGAAGUAAUUGCAUGAUUUUAUUAUUUCAAUAAUUAGUUAGUUAUGUAUAGUAAAGUUACAGGUUGAAGCAGAUAGCAAAAAGACUAGUACAGUAUCAGAAAUAAUGUUAAACAUGCAUGUUGUUUGUCAUUUUCAGUUUUUAAAUAUAUUUUAGUAUAGUUCAAAUUGAUUUGUUACAAACUUUAAGCAUUAGUAUAUUGCAUAUUGUUAUCGCAUAUUGCAUUUUUCUUUAAUUUUGUCCAGCUCUACUAUGUGUACUAUUACAUGCUAAGUAUGUAAAUAUCUGCAUGUGGGUAGUUGACAAAUAAACCGUACCAUGUGUCCUAUGGUGUGACAGCGAAAAUUUUGAAAACAAACUAUAUUGUUUUAUUUUGUUAAUAUUUAUAUUUAUUAAAUACAAUAGCAUUAGAGAGUUUUAGUUUUUCCCAAAAUUUUUGAUGUCACAUGUAUGGUUUAUUUGUCAACUACACGUGUACAGAAUACACGCCUACUAGAAUACAUUGCCAGGAUGUGCAGUAUACAGAUACCGUAUCCCACAAUGCAAUGCAUUUGACUUGAUCUUCCAUUUGUAGUUUGACAAAUGAACAAAAGUGAUAAUAACCAAAACUUAAUGAAUGAUUUUUUAAUGCUUGAACUUGCAUUAAAAUGAGAAAGAAUCCAAAAUGAUACAUAUUAUAUUCUGUUACUACACAUUAUUCAAUUGGCAGUAAAGUGGUAUACAGCCAAAUACAGCCACGACCUGUGUGUUUUAAGAAUGAUGUCCGAGAAACAUUUUUUGAUAUCAAUAUUUUUUACAAUUCGGUGCUGUGCUAGGUCCAUGUCGAGCUACACUCUGUUUUGUGAAAGUUAAACAUGCUACACAGCAAAAUCAGUAUGAGAAAUUCCGACACACAUUCACAUUUUGCACAGGAUUUCCAUCUCUGAUCUCUGUGCCGCCACACUGCCGCCACGACUGUGACAUUCCAGAAAAAGUUCAACACUAUUCUAACGUCUCUGCAGUUCUCCACUCAAGUCAUGGCAGUAAAAUACUGUAAAUCAGCGAAGCACAUGGCUUCAGAAUGUCUUUUAACAAUCACUUAUGAUAUUCACUGCGGUAAUAUGCUUAUCUGAAGAAUGGUCACAAACUUCGGUGACAUCUUUUCAUCGAAUUUUAGGAGCCCCUAAACAUGCACUACUAUGUUCAUAAAGUAUACGUGGAACAAAAUCAUUGUAUUACACUUUGUGUUCUAAGCUUGCGUGUACUGCUAAAAUAGCUGUUGUGAUUUGUCGUGACGUGGUGAAAGGGGUGAAAAUAUUGUCCUUACGAGUAAAGAGUUUGCUUUGCAUGGUUGCUUUUGUGUUUUUCACGACUGACUGCAGUUCAGAUGGCCGUUCGUAACUGACCAACCCAAGGACCUCGCAAUCUCACUGAAAGACCAUUAAAUCUUAUAUUUUGUCUAGAUUUGUUUUGAUAAAAUGAAUAUAUAUUUAAAAUGUGAAAGAGAGAGAGAGAGAGAGAGAGAUAGAGCGGACAAAUGAGGAAAUGUAAUGACGAAUGCAUAAGCGGUAUAUUUUUGAUAUUGUUCGUGGGUUGGUGUGAAAAAGUUCUGCGUUUAGAGGGACCACAGUGACAAACUGAGCUUUCAACCAGCUCCAUUUUUCUACAACUUAUAAAAAGUGUGACAUGUUCCUGGAUCAACAUCCUUGUUGGCCAACGUUCGUACACCUUAAAAAUGCUGGUUUAUUUCAACCCAUUGUUGGGACAAACCCAACAAUUUUAGCUAUUAUUAGCAGAUAGUGUGUUCACGACUUGUCCACCAUUUAAUGGAUUAUCAAUCUAUGAUUUUAGGAGAUUUAACAAAAAUGUUGAACAAUACUAAUAGAGCUUUUGCAGUCUCACAUGUUUAGGCAAGCAAGCACUUCUCAGUGAUUCAUAAAUUACAGUGUAACAGAAAUAUACACUAUAUGGACAGAAGUAUUGGGACGUCCCGUUUAAAAGGAACAGUUUACCCAAAAAUGCAAAUUCUGUCAUCAUUUACUCCACCCCCCAGAGUUGUUUCAAAUCUGUAUAAAUUUCUUUGUUCGGUUGAACACAGAGCAAGAUAUUUGGAUGAAUGCUUGUGUUUUUGCCCACCAUUGACUCCCAUAGUAGGAAAAAUGACAAUGGUGCCCCCAGAACUGUUGGCUUUCCUAAAUCUUCAAAAUAUCUCAUUUUGUGUUCAACAGAACAAAGAAAUUUACAAGGACAUUUUUCUUACUAUAAAAUUAGAAGCACACGAUUCUCUAGAUUCGAAUAUCAUAAUAUGCUGUAGCAUUAAGAUUUGUGCUCACGGAAAUGACUAAAGUUGUCAAACCUGUAUUAGAAGGGGGCGUCCCAAUACUUUUGUCCAUAUACUGUGAUGUAUCUUGAAAAUAUCACUGUACAAAAACUUAAUAGACACGAUUUAAAAGUGGUAACACCCUCCUAGUAUUAUUUGUUAGAAUAUGAAGAACUUGUGAGGGCCCAAUUUGAAUAUUGUAGAAAAUAGAUUUAUGCGACUUAUGAAGACUGCAAAACUGAUAGCUGAUGGUGCCUCGUUGGUCAUGUUUUUCACACGUUCUGUAUUUUUGUGUCAUACGACAUUAAUGUUGUUCUGUAAAACCUGUAAAUAACCUACGUGUUCAUUUUUGUGUGCCUCAGAUUUGUGGAUGUAUAAAUUUGCUUACUAUAUAAAUAUCUGUCUAUAAAAGUCCUGUGUGUAAAUGUUUUACAGUUACUCUGUAUGUGAGCACGUAAAAUCACUAUAUAACUACAAAUUAAUAUGAUGGAUAUUUAAUUUUUACAUGGCUUUAAUUUUCUAUGUGCCACAUAUGUGUAUGGUAAAAUUUU